AUGUCUGCACAUGUCGAGGGGCAGGUCAUGCCCGCGCUGCCUGCCCAUGCCCUGAGACCCGUCCACUCCACCGCUCCUCUCCCUGCAUCUGAGAUGAUUCAAGAUCAUCCUUCAGCAGAUCUGACUCGGUCUGCAAGCUACACCUACAUUCCUGCGCUGGAAACAGGAACAGAUAUCCUUGUCCCUUCUAUCAAACGAACCUUCUCGGAAAAUGUCCUGACGCUGCCGCCAGAUCCGACGACCAAGAUGAACGACCUUGUUACCUCUGCGAACAUGGAACUUUUCCGCCGGGCGUCGAGAAAGGCGAAGAGAAGGAUGUCGAGUGCCAUCUUCUCGUUAUCCCCCGACGACGAUGACAAUCAGGCACGUGAAAGCAGAAAGUCUUCUUCCGAGAAGGAGGAACACCCGAAAGGUCUGAGAGGAUCAGUUACAGGUACGAUUCGUUCACUUGCCCGCAAAUCCUGGGUGGGCGCUUCGUCAAGGCCUGCAUCUCCCGCGCGCAAGGAAGGGGAUCCGGCAGGCAGGAAUAGGAGUUGGUCGCCGGCUAAACCUAAGGUCUCUGCCACCACGACUCCAACAAGCGUCCAGGACUCGGUAGCCCCAAAGCCUUCUGACGGCUCAUCUCGGUCAGGUGAGGGGCCUACACUCCCAGUCGAGUCAAAACAGAGGACCAAGAAUCGUGGUAAUCAACCUGACUCUGUGCAAGUCAAGAACAGAAAUGGGAACAGCCCGAAACGGCUGUCGAGAAAUUCUUCGUCAUAUUCACUGAAGAGCCAGCUCUCAAAUGAGAGGUCACAGUCGAGAAUUUCUUUGGGUAGAUUGCCACCUAUGCCAACGAACUCUUCAGAGCGACUGGCGACUCUUGGUAUUGAGGUCGGCAGGAAGAAGGAUCCCCUAUGGUCUGCGUUCCGGGCAAUCGACGGCGAAUACGCCAGCUUCCAAACAAAGACGAGUCUUCAGAAGGCCAAGGUGCUUCGACUCACUUUGCAGCCGUUUUUGGUCAAAUAUGCCCAGCACCCUUCCAAUCAAAGUCUUCGAGCCGAGGAUCUGGACCGCCGGGUUGUUAUCCUAAACAAGUGGUGGACUGGGCUACUUGAAAUGCUCCAUGGAGGGAACAAUCAGGCGAUCUCUGGCACAGACCGACCUGCCUUUUUGGAGUCCGCGACUAUGAUCAUGCUACGGCCUGAGUGGAGGGUGCCUGGGUUUACAUCGGCCACAGACGAGUCUCCGCAACGCAGUUCUAUACCAAAAUCCAAGUCAACCAAUUCUCUUGAAUCGGAGGAGGCGGAUUUCCUGGUCGACACUAUUCAGCAGAAUGUCCGAAACACUUUUGUCCAGAACUUGCUCUCGCAGAUGACAUUUGUGGUGGAGAGACUAUCCUUGCGUGCUGCUCCUGCCAGUUUGGUCACCUUUGCCGGGAAGACUUGUGCAUACGCUUUCUUCUUUUGUCCAGGCGUGGCAGAUAUGCUUGUCAGGCUAUGGCGUCUACCUUCUGGUACGCUGAGGCGGAUCUUUACCGAGCUUGGAAUCAGUCAUGGUGACCGGUUGGACCUGAUCUCGAAUGCCCUGGCCAGACACUUCCCAACCCCGGUCCGCAGUGUGUCUGCCUCUUCUCAAGCAGGUCUUUGGCGCCACCUCCAACAGCGAGGUCUGCCCACACCUGGGUGGAAGAGAAUGAACUGGGGCCCAAACUGGGUUGCCAGAUGGUCUGGACGGGAUAGUGACCUAUUCUUCGCCUUUAUGAAGCAAUACCACCUUCUGAUCUCCCAAAUGCUUCCAGAGGUUAUAUCAAUGAAAGAUCGCGCUGGAAUACCCGGGCUCGUCCCAGCAUGCGCACAAAUGCUGGCUGUGCUCGAGACCACUAUCUAUCGACAGGCUGGACAGAAUGUGGUCGACAAUUAUUCUUCGGGCGCGGGCUACAAUAUGGACCAAGCAGACGCCUUUGCCCCAUUGCCUAUGACCAUGGCAAAUGCUUCCCGAUCCAUCGCAGAAAAUCGACUCAUCAUCUUACUGAGAGAUGUACUGAGCGAUACCAAACCUGAACUCUCACUGUUCCGGAACCUGUUUGUCGGGUCAUUCGACAUCAUUACCAAGGCGGCCACGCGCAACAUCUCCUUGUACAACAACGAAGCCUGUUUUGUUAUUUGCGAUUUCAUGGAAGAAGUGCUUCCUAUCAUGGUACGGUAUUCCCAGAGCUACACCGACACCGCAGUGCUGGACUGGCCAUUUUGGCUACAGGUGUGGAAGCAAAUGAUGCAAAGUCAAACAGGCCUGACCCAGAUACGACUGAUCGCGUUCUUGUACAGUACGUGGUCUAUUUUAAUACUUAAUGAAGACAGAAAGCGCGAGCUCGUCCUUGACUGGUUAUUGGAUGCGGACAAUUUCGACAGGAAUUUCUGCCACUGGUCGCCAAUGGUUCGCCACUACUUCUACCGACUGUUGUGUUGGAAAGUUGCAAGGUAUGAUGGGGAGGUAUCGGACUUGGAUCUAGAGAUUUUGGAAACAUUGGCGGCUCGGUUGAACAAGUGCUGGGCACAUUACCAGUAUCUCCUCGCAGAGGCCGAGAUGCGAAGCAUCCUUCCACCGUCCUCGGCUCCUUGUACCCCGGCACCAAACCGCGUCCUCGUCAUUCUUCGCACAGAUAGCCAGCCGAUCUUGUCGGCCUCGAAGACGGAUUUCGAGAAUCGCUUCCCUCCAUCAAUCGUCACCCAGGCCUCCCCUUAUCAAAAUCAUUCUUCCGCCCUGAACACCAUUCCCUCUGCCGAUGAACCACGGCAAGGAACCAGGAAACGAUGGAGCCUUUUCCGUGGGUUGAACGUCUUUGGCUCUAGCGCAAAUAAUAGCCGCCCUGGCGAAGUGACUCCCCCAGGCAGUCCCGAGGAGAAUGCUGUCGUUGCGAACAUCGACAUCACCCCCGACCCUAAUAGUGCUAUCACUGCGACCAGACCAUGCCGUCCUGCUACUCCUCCACACCAGGCAUUUUCAUUCAAGUUCUCGCUUGAGUUCAGCUCUGCACCUCAGAAUCUGGAUAGGAGAAGCCUCAACCGAGUCUUGGCAGCACCUCAACUACCACACAAUGCAGAGACAAUACUCCGCUCGCGACAACGCUCUGACAGCAAUGACAGUGGGAACAGCAUAGGCAGCACCUUCAGAAUGGGGACAAGAACAAAGGAAAUCAGGCCACUCAAACCACAAGGUCAUGAAGUGAACACAGCUCGCUACAGCGGGCGUGCAUUGGCAGAAUGGUGCCAAGUUCGAAAUGAAUGUCGAAGCUUCUAUGGCAGACGUAAGCAAGAAGGCGUUCCACGAGACCACCUAGUGGAGACCCCGACGCUAGGCGUUGAGACAUUCCGGAUCGUGGGUUGA